AUAGAGUGUGAGUCUGUGUUUGGUCCACAGGGGUCGCUGUGGUGCAGCUCUGUGAGUGUGUACGGCAGCAGCCUCGCUCUGUGAUUGGCUGUUUCCUCGUGAUUAAAGGCAGCAGACGCUCGUUUCGCCGGCUCACAUCAGAGGAGGACACAGCGAGGACAGAGCGCACGAGGACGGACACGCGGACACACACACACACACACACACAGAGGGAGGGACCGUCCGUCCACGCAGAGACACGCACAGAGUGGAUUAACUGGUGUUUUUAUUGAUUGUGAGUGGUUGAUAAAUGAAGGAGAGACGAUCCGCUGCUGCUGCCGCCGCCGCCGCCGCUGCUGCCGCCGCCUCCUCCUCCUCUUCCUCCAUGGAUCCCGGGGAGAGCGUGAAGUGUAAGAUCGUGGUGGUGGGAGACAGUCAGUGCGGGAAAACCGCGCUGCUUCACGUGUUCGCCAAGGACUGCUUCCCCGAGAGCUAUGUCCCCACGGUGUUUGAAAACUACACGGCCAGUUUUGAGAUCGACACGCAGCGGAUCGAGCUCAGUCUGUGGGACACUUCAGGAUCUCCGUACUAUGAUAACGUGAGGCCUCUGUCCUACCCCGACUCCGACGCCGUCCUCAUCUGUUUCGACAUCAGCCGUCCUGAAACUCUGGACAGCGUGCUGAAGAAGUGGAAAGGUGAGAUCCAGGAGUUUUGUCCCAACACUAAGAUGCUGUUGGUCGGCUGUAAAUCUGACUUGCGCACCGACUUGAACACACUGGUGGAACUUUCUAACCACAGACAGACGCCCGUCUCGUACGACCAGGGUUCCGGCAUGGCCAAGCAGAUCUCGGCGCCGUACAUCGAGUGUUCGGCUCAGCAGUCGGAGAACAGCGUCAGAGACAUUUUCCACGUGGCCACGCUGGCCUGCAUCAACAAGAACCACAAAAAUGUCAAGCGCAGUAAGACCACGCGCACCAACAAGAGGAUCUCACACAUGCCCGCACGGCCCGACUUAGCCGCCGUGGCCUCGGACCUGCGCAAGGACAAAGCCAAGAGUUGCUCUGUCAUGUGACUAAUCAGACUGCAGAGGAGGAGGACGACGAGGAGGAGGAGGAGGAGGAUGGAGCACGGUGACGGCAGGAAACCAUGGGGCGGCGCUCUUUCCUGCAUGCUCAAGGCCCUGUGUUUGUGUGGAAAGGGCUUUUCUAAGCUUCACUUCAUGUCCGUGUUUCUGGAAUACUCCGCAAACAAUAAAAACUCAACGCAAAGUAGCAUCCCGACCCCCCGCCCCUUCAGAGAGGAAGCUAUCUGUCACUGAACUACCUGCUCCAGGAAGUGACCCACUUCCUGUGGGAGGACGGAGCGGACAAAGCGGUCGAGGGUUUCCACGCUGAGCAGGACGGAAAUGAGCAAACGGGAGUGAUGUCAUGAGGAGACACUUGUGUUUGUAAAGGAACUUUUUUUAUUUUUUUUCUGAGUGGGAACCAAAGUCUGGGACGAGGACAUUCAAAGCCUUAGGGACAAAAAACAGGAGCUGCUUUUGUUCGUGUUGAAUCAAAGAGUUUGUGCUCUCUUUCAGGCUGAAACUGGAACACGUCAUCGUGCUUUGAACUGAUUCACUUCUGCUCCUGUAGUAACUCUCUGUCUGUCUGUCUGUGUGUGUGUGUGUGUGUGUGCACAGUGGAAACCUGACGCUGUGUGUGUGUGUGUGUGUGUGUCGGUAUAAUGUGAAGUCAUCGGUGUGUAACUGCAUCACUGUUUAAUUUUCGCUGAUCACACUGAGAAUCUAUGAACCCUGUUCAUGCUCAAAAACAGUGUUUUUAAAAAUGAGAAACCAGUAGAGUUAAAAAAAAAAAAAAAGAGCUGUCACUCACUUCCCCCCGGCACAUUGUAACCAGUGGGUGGAAAUGAAACUUGUUUUUCAGGCUCAGAAAACGUCUUCUGACUGUUAGGUCAUAUCUUCAUUAAGACUCAGUCACAUACAUCACUGCAGUUCAAAGGAACAUGACAAACUAUUGAGAGAAAGAGUUCACAUUUAAUUUGCCGUAAACUACUUUCAGCAAAAUGACAAACAAAACUUAAAGGUUAAAUAUUUCCUAAGCGCUACGAUUAACAGCUGACGACAACUAAUGCUGCACUUUUUCAUAUUAAGUGUUGGUUCAUAAUGGAGGAAAAAAACCUCGGUUUACGUGUUGUUUGUCGCGCUCUGGUGCUUUUGAUGCUCACGAUGGACAUGAAUGCACAUUAAACAGCACAAAUGUGAUCUCGCCGCGCUUACAUUUGGGAGCUCAAAACAAAAGAAAGCUAGCUGUUUUCAAACGUAUCGCUGUUUUACUAAAAGUGUUCCACAAAGAGUAAGUGCUUCUUAAUUGACGUGAAACACGUUCCACACGUUCAUUUGUGUUGUUGACCUGUAAGUAAAAACGUGCUAGCGUUGCUACAUUCACAGUAAAGUGUGAAUCGAGUAACGCUAACACUUAGCUAGCAUGUUCAGCUCCUGACGUAGCUUCAUUCCUGAGAACAAAAUGGCUGCCUGUUGUUAGCAGUUAGCUUGUUGUUAGCUGCUUUUGUGACUGAGUCUUAAGUCAAACUGUUUUUCCUUUCGUUAAUCGUUGUUUUUUUUAAUUUAAAAUAUGUUUUAACUUCUAGAAAAAAACAUCAACGGUGCAAUUACGACGCUGUUGAAAUAUCAAAGUUAUUGAUGCACUUUUUUUGAAACGUAACUUCCCCCCGUAGCUUAUUCCAAUGCCACGUUUGCCCCAGAUGUUUUUCCUUUUCGGAUUUUCUCCACGUGUCGUUGUCUCUUUGACGUGAUCAUGUUUUCUCUUGAAUGUCGACAUCGCCUUCACAAUGUCUUUGCCAAUGUUGUCGCCACAGUAUUUAUUGAAUUUUAUUUUUCCCUCUAGAAUAAAAACGCAAAUGGAAACAAAGA